GGUGUCGUCGUGAGCAGAGGCGGCCCGUCAGACAGUCCGGUAACAGCCUGUGGAUUUCAGUAGUCUCUCUGUCUGGUCUCCGGUCAUUUUCAACGACCGUUGUGUUUCAACCGUCGCUGUAAAGCGGCUGCUCUUCCUCUCAGCUGCCGCGUUGGAUCUAAAAAUGGCGGCUGUUUCAGCGGAUCACGGUCUCUGCAGCCUUUUGCCUUAACUCACCCAGUUAAAUCUGAGCACCAUGUAAACAAACCAGGCAGCAAACCAAUCCAAGCUUUAGCCUGCACCAGCUCCGGAACCAGUGGGUUACUGGUGAGUAACCAGCAGCAGCAGCAGACAGGGUGGCGGCGCUGUCACCUUCCAGCUGGGGAGGCAGGCUGAUGGAGAGCAACUGCCGGAUCCCAGUCGCCUGCUGUCGGCCUCGGAUCCUCCUGCUCCACGCUCUGUUCUGGGGUCUCGUCUCGCUCAGAGUGUUCGGAGCGGCGCUGCUGAGCGAGGAGAAGACGACAGCAGUGAAGCCUGUUGUCGCCCCCUGCUGGCUGCUGGAGAACUUUGUGGUGCUGGAGGAAUGCAACCGCUGCACCGACUUUAACGCUAAGACGCAGACGGUUUGCAGAGAGACGGGAUACGUGGAGCUGGUGAACUGCACCAAGACCAGCAGACAGGAUUACAAGAGCUGUCGCUCCGCCCUGAUGGAGGAGCAUCUCUUCUGGAAGUUUGAGGCGGCCAUGUUGGCUCUGACGGUCGUCUUCGCCGUCCUGGUGGUCAUCCGCCAGCGCUGGUUGGAUCGCCUCGCCUCUGAGAAGGUCCGCCGACAGAUCGAGUCCAUCUAGGAGAAGAGGGUCCUGUUAGGUUUUUAAAUCCUUUGGCAGUAUUUUUAAAAUGGAUCCAGGUUUGGACCGCACUUGUUGGACGUCCUCCAUGGAGCUGGCUGAGCUCAGCUCCCCAUCUGUGAAGUUUUUCCUCUUCACCAGCGACUGUUUCUCUUUAAAACAGCAGAACAAACACUAAAACCGGGACAAUGAGAGUCCAGACUCAUGAUGUAAACUGUAGAUUAUAUUUUAAUGAACAGAGUUUAUAGAGAAAUCAGGGAAGGAGUAGUUUGAUCUGGAUGAAAACAGAAGUGAAACUGACAAACCUUAGGAAGAGAAGCUGAAAUGUCUCUUCCUGCAUCGCGCUGAUGUCACAGUCAGGAACUUCCUUAUAUGGACUCUGGAAGUGACAAUUGGCAGCAGCUGUUUCUGAAGUGUGGAACAAAGGUCUUUUUCUUUCAAGAUUAAACAUUUUCCUGCAGAAGUACGAAAUAAAAGUCUGAAAAAGAUUCAAAUCUGAUAUUUAAAGAUGCAGUUCUGUUUCAGUUUGCCAUUAAAAACUGUUUUUACAUCCGUGUUUUGGUUGAUGUGGCUGUAUUUUGGUUCCUGUGCAGAAAUUUGAUGAAAGUAUUUUUGAGCUCUGGAUAAAUAAACAAUUAUUUGUCAAUUAAUGGUUCAUUAUAUUUAAAUUAGUUCCAAUCGAUUAAUAACGGCCGCUUAGACCUUUUUUCAGUGUUGUGAUUCGGCCGCCAUCCUUAAGCGAAGCCGUAGAUCCAAACAAGAAAAAAAGAAAAUGGCGACCGUAUCAUAACGGGAAAGAAAAACGGUCCAAACGGAGUAAAUUAUGGGAUACAAAUUGCAGUUUUUGCGGUUCUGUUUAUCAAUAUAAACACUCGUCAAGCUCCUGAAGUUAUCGCUUUAAUACAGCUGACUCAAGAAAAUGUUAAAGUAUGUUGCUUCUUUUAAAUUUGGUAUAUGGUACAAAAGUUAGCCCUUUGUUUUAGAAAGACGGUUUUCUCUUGACAUAAGAGAAAACUGUUUUUUUAAGAGAUCGUCCGCUUAUCAAUCAACUUUAGAGUAACUCAAUAAUGAUGACUUACACCCCUAAAAGAAAGGAGCAUACGUUAAAAACAAAAGUUUGUAUUCUGCCAUGCGAACCAUUGUUUCCUUCCUGUUUCUGUAAUUUUUUCAGCUCACAGUAUAGUAAUCUUACCCGAACUCGCGGCGAACUUUUUAGUGUUUUUAUAGUUUCAAAUCUACUGUGAAGUCUGAAAAUGUCUCAUUUCUACAUGCCGGAUGCGCUGGAAAGAAUUAAAAGUUUGAAAUUGGUCAGAACUUGACGUCAUCGAUCAUAUCCGCCCAUUCUUCACCUGAUUGGUUCACGUUUCCUCUAGCUGAGCUCUGAUUGGUUGCUGCUUCAUACUUUAUAAAGUUAAAGCAGAAGAGGCACUGUUUUUAUUUUAUGUUCCUUUAUCAAAGUGUUUCAGCCUCAUACUGAUGUUUUAUUGUAAAUAAUAGGUUUAUGUUGGACGUUUUUUAUUUCUCCGUGAAGUUUCUGACAAAAUAAACCAUAGAGAAACAUAAAACAGUGUGAGUUACCUGAUUUGAUUUAGUUCAAAAUGUCUAUUGCUUUAUUUCAAUAAAUACGUUACAAAUAA